UCAUAUUUGGUAAAAAUGAUUGCGAUAAAUUCAACAGCCAGUGCCAUGGCGAACUUUCCGAACUCACCUCCAACAAAAUUAUCGAGCAGUACUCGUGAUAAAAGAAUUUCAGUUCGUAAGAUUUUUGUGAAACAAAAAGUUUAUCCGGUGUCACAAGAUAUACAUCCUUGCGAGCAAAAGUGUGAAUUGAAGCGAUUUUCCGGUCCAGGAUUAGAACGGAUUCCGCAAUCAACGCCCUUUACUUCAGUGGGGACGUAUGUAACGGCUGAUAUCCCAUUAAUUGAUGAAGAUCAACCAGAUGAUUGGAGACGUUCUGAACCACGUAAAAUUCCUACUAAACCUACUGUAGUUGCAGUAAAACCGAAGGAUGCAAAGAAACCUUCGGUGGAUAGUAGUUCAAAGUUGACCAGCAAACAAAUCAGACCGGUGUCAAACAUAUCACGAAAACGCGAGAAGACCUUCGAUGGGUUCCCGAUUUAUUUGCUUGGCGAAAAAGCAAGUGGUCUACGAUCUCGCGGCGAUGUUCAAGACUUUCACACGAUUCGGAGUCAAUGUUUGGCGAGCGGUUCACUUUUCGAGGACCCGGAGUUCCCGGCAGAAAAUUCCUCCCUUAUGUUUUCACGACGACCUGACCGAUACUACGAAUGGCUACGACCUAGUGAAAUUGCUGACGACCCUCAAUUCUUCGUGGAAGGCUAUUCACGAUUCGACGUUCAACAGGGUGAAUUGGGUGACUGCUGGCUUUUAGCGGCUGCGGCUAACUUAACACACGAUCAAAAUCUUUUCUUCCGUGUUGUACCAACAGAUCAAGGCUUCGAUGAUGAUUAUGCUGGAAUAUUCCAUUUCCGAUUUUGGCAAUACGGAAAAUGGAUUGAUGUUGUUAUAGAUGAUCGUUUGCCUACAUACAAUGGUGAAUUGGUGUAUAUGCACUCGACAGAAAAGAAUGAGUUCUGGAGUGCAUUGUUGGAGAAAGCCUAUGCUAAGUUGCAUGGAUCCUAUGAAGCAUUGAAAGGUGGUACAACCUGUGAAGCUAUGGAAGAUUUCACAGGUGGUGUUACAGAAAUGUAUGAACUUAGAGAGGCUCCUCCAAAUUUGUUCAAUAUUCUUAUGAAAGGUUACGAGCGCUCAUCUAUGAUGGGUUGUAGCAUUGAACCUGAUCCAGAUGUACUCGAAGCUGAAACACCACAGGGACUUAUUAAAGGCCAUGCUUAUUCAAUUACAAAAGUCAAACUUUUAGAUAUUACCACACCAAAUAUGUCGGGUAAAAUUCCUAUGUUACGUCUCCGUAACCCUUGGGGUAACGAAGCAGAAUGGAAUGGUCCCUGGAGCGAUCGAUCGCCAGAAUGGCGUUUCAUUUCAGACCACGACAAAGUUGACAUCGGCCUCACAUUUGAUGUAGACGGUGAAUUUUGGAUGUCAUUUAAGGACUUUUUGACUCACUUUGAUCGUGUAGAAAUAUGUAACUUGUCACCCGACUCGCUAAGCGAAGAGCAACAAAAUCGAGGUAAAAAGAAGUGGGAAAUGUCUGUAUUCGAAGGUGAAUGGACAAUCGGUGCAACAGCUGGUGGUUGUCGUAAUUUCUUGGAAACAUUCCACCGAAAUCCACAAUAUGUCGUGACACUACAGGAUCCCGACGAAGAUGAUGAUGACGGUAAAUGUACAGUCAUUGUUGCUCUUAUGCAAAAGAAUCGUCGUUCAAGACGUAAUAUGGGCAUGGAUUGUUUGACAAUUGGUUUUGCCAUUUAUCAUUUGUCUGACAGAGAUCUACGAACAAAGCCGCAGCCAUUAACCUUCUUCAAAUACAAUGCUUCAGUAGCACGGUCGCCAGCAUUUAUUAAUUUAAGAGAGGUCAGUUGUCGUUUCAAACUGCCACCGGGUCAUUAUUUAAUUGUACCGUCAACAUUCGACCCGAACGAAGAAGGAGAGUUCUUGAUUCGUGUAUUCUCUGAAAAUAAGAACAGCAUGGAGGAGAACGACCAAGAGAUCGGCUACAAUGAUGGCGAUGGUGGUACAGUUAGCCCAUAUCCACAAGUGAAUGAUGAUGAUGAUGGAAGACAAGGAUAUGUCAUGCCACAACCACCAUCACCAAACUAUCCAGAUCCACAAAAAUCAGCUAUGGAAAAACUUUUCAUGGAAAUCGCUGGCGACGAUAUGGAAGUUGAUUGGAUGGAGUUGAAACGCAUUUUGGAUCAUACAAUGAGAGAUGACCUACCAAAAGGUCCAUCGAAUGGAUACAAUUCCGAAAAUGUUGGUUUUGUCAACGCAGGACGGGGAGCUGGUGGAAAUGGUGAUGACGGAGGAGGGGGUGGAAGUUUGUUAGCGAUACUUUGCGGACCAUUCUGUAAGGAUAAUCCAAUCGGUGAUGCGCUUGGUUUAAAUGAACAAUCAAAUUUGAUGCCGUCCGAAGCUCAAAAUCGUCAACCAAUUACAUCUGUCAUGAACUACGAUGGCUUUUCUAAGGACGUAUGCCGUUCCAUGGUUGCCAUGAUGGAUGUCGAUCAAUCUGGCAAAUUAGGAUUCGAGGAAUUUCGCGUUUUACUCAAUGACAUCGCACAUUGGAAGGCCGUUUUCAAGUCCUACGAUCGUUCAAACAGCGGCCGUUUGAGUGCAUUUGAAUUGCGAGAUGCAUUGAAUACUGCAGGUUACCGAUUAAACAAUCGCGUACUGAAUGCACUAUGCCAUCGAUACGGAUCACGCGAUGGAACUAUUAGUUUCGAUGAUUUCAUUAUGUGUGCUGUUAAAAUUAAGACAAUGAUAAGCAUUUUCAAAGAACGUGACACAGACGGCACAAAUAUGGCUACAUUUAGUAUGGACGAAUGGGUUGAGAAAACCGUUUAUAAUUAGGCUUAGGUGCAAACUCCUAAUCGUGGUGGCCUUUUUUAAUAUAAAUGAGAUACAUGAGAUCUUUACAACGGAAAGAUUGCAGCGAACAUAUUCUACAUAGAGUAGAGCUUUUAUAUUUUCCAUUAGCAAACAAGAGAAAUAUUUUUCAAGAAUAUUUAAUAAAUCUAGAUGUUUUAUAUCGCCGUUGUUAGAAGGAAAAUAGGCAGAAAAACUUGUGCCCUCUAAGACAAGUUAAAAGAAAAUGAAAAUUAUCCACGACGCCAAAAACAUCAUUGAACAAAUAACUUUUCUUUUCAAUUUCGUUCAAUUUAAUUGAGCAAAACUGUUCCUUCAAGGAAAUAAAUAAACUCAAUAUAUUUUCGAUGCUAAUUAUUUCAGUGUAUUUUUCCAAUCUAAAUGUUUAUUUUUUUAUUUAUUUCUAUGAUACACUUAACAUAUGCAUAGUUUUUACACUUAUUGUACUAAUCACGGAAAAACGUCUCGAAUUGUUAAUUGAAAAAAGAAUAUUGAAAUCUUCCAAAUAAACUAUAAAAGAAACUUUAACCUUAUAUUAAUCCUUUUUUAAUGUACUUCGGUAAAAACUAUACCACUUAAAUACGUACCCUACAAGACAAAAUGUUUAAAUGUGAAUCGAAAUUAUGAAUACUUUUAAAUGACUAAUGCAGUUUUAACAGAAUUUUACUUGGGAAUUUCAAUAGGACAGUCGACGCUAGGAUUGAAGGAGAACAAGUUGAACAAAUGUAUUACAUCUUUUGUUUGAAUGAUAUUCCAAAAAUAAAUACACAAGUAUGUUAA